AUGGCGAAACGUCCCGCCCGUGACCCCGGAGCCCCCAAGCGGAACAUGUCCGCGUACCUUCUCUACCAGAAUGCGAUGCGCGAACAGUUCAAGGCGCUCAAUCCAGGCAUGACCUUUGGACAGUUGGCCAAGUACACGUCGGCCAUGUACUCGGAGCUUCCUCCCUCGGAAAAGGAGGCCUGGGUCGCUCGAGCGGAAGCGGACAAGGCUCGUUACCUUCACGAGCUCGCGUCGUAUGUGCCUCCUCCCGGCUACGACCCCAAGGGAGAUGCCAUUGUCUCACCCGUCAACACCAAGGGAGGUCGCAAGGGAAAACCCGAGAAAGACAUUAACGCUCCCAAGCGAAACAUGUCGGCCUAUCUCUUGUACCAAAACGCCAUGCGCGAACAGUUCAAGCGAGAAAAUCCCGGCAUGACCUUUGGACAACUCGCCAAGUACACUUCGCACAUGUACAAGAACUUGACUCCGGAAGAGAAGGGAACUUGGGAAGCUCGUGCCGCUCAAGACAAGGCGCGUUACGAUGCCGAAAUUGCUGCCUACGUGCCUCCUCCUGGACACGAUGCGCGUGGAGUCUUGAUUGAAGAUCAUCGUCCUCGCAAAAAGAACAACCGCCGCCCCAAGGACCCGGCCGCUCCCAAGCGUGCUUCUGGGGCCUAUGUCUUUUUCACCAAUGAGAUGCGUCCCAAGGUGUUGCAGGAAUUUCCCGGAAUCAAGUUUGUCGAACUCGGCAAAGUUCUCGGGGAACGUUGGCGUGCGUUGACGGCGGAGCAAAAGAAACGCUAUGAAAACAUGGCGGCGGAAGACAAGGUCCGUUUCCAAAUGGAAAUGCAGCAGUACACGGCGAGGCAAGCCGAAGCGGCUGCUCCUCCUCCAGCGCAAGAGCAUUAUUUUCACGAUCCUACGGCCCACACGUACGAUGCCUUUGAUCCCUACGGUGCCGCCAGCAGCCAUCAACCACAGUUCCACACCUAA